GUACACGUCUUUUCUGCGAACCCAUUUCACCCUCCUUCCCUCCCUCCUUUCCACAAGAAGCAAAAAAGAAGAAGAAGAAGAAAAAGAAAGAAAAAAAAAAAGAUAUAAAGUAUAAAUAUAUAUAUUUUUGAACAUAUAAAGCAUGGCCUCUCCCUCUGCCGACAAACCCACCUGGGGCAAAGUACUCCUUGCUGGUGGUGUCGAUUGGGACAUGAUUGGUCGUAAGCCUAAAGCCGGCGAAACGCGCGAGAUCUUACCUCAUCUUGAAACUUUCCAUAUUAUUCGUGAAUUGACAGAUUUGAAGAUUGUCAAAAUUGCUACUUGCCCAAGUGCUGCUCACAGUGUCUUCCUAACAGAUGACGGUGAUGUCUGGGUCCUUGGACGUAAUGAAAAAGGUCAACUCGGUGUUGGUGACACAGACCCUCAUCCUUUGCCGCUCAAGGUUCCUACCAUCUAUGCCACACAGGGAAAAAAGACUGUGAAUCUCAAAUUUGUGGAUGCAGCUGUAGGUCGAAACCACACCAUUUUAGUUGCAAGUAAUGGAUCUGUCUAUGGUGCAGGCGACAAUAAAAUGGGUCAACUUGGGAAUCCCAACCACAAAGACCACUCAUCAUUCGUACACGUUGCCAGUCUCAAAGAGAAGGCCUCCAAAGUUUCCUGCGGUACCGAGUUUACAAUGAUUUUGUCGGAGAAAGGUCAACUCUGGGCAUUCGGAUCUCCUGAAUACGGUCAGCUCGGAAACAAAACCAACGGCCAGUACUUGCAACAGUCUAAUCGCCUUGUCCAUAUCCCUCAAACCACUCCAGUGCUGGUUGCUGCUCUUAAGGACAAGAUUGUUACGCAAAUAGCCUGCGGCAACAACCACAGUCUUGCACUGACAGACGGCAUGGUUUACAGUUGGGGCUUUGGAGGCUAUGGUCGUCUUGGGCACUCAAAGCAGGAAGACCUGUGGAGCCCUGUGGCUAUCGAGCAUUUUGCAGGCUCCAACAAGAUCUCUAGGGCCACUAGGGUUGCUGCUGGAAGCUCCUUCAGCAUGGCUUUAGAUGGUCAAAAUCAAUUUUGGCUUUGGGGCAAGUGGAAGACUACAGGCGACGGCGGUGGAGGAACACCAUGGAUGUAUCCUCGCACAUUGUAUGACCUUAAUGGGUGGUCGUUCAAGGCUAUUGCUGGAGGCAAUGUCACCUUAUUCUUACUUCCAUCUUCAGAGCCCUGCACAAUUGCCUGGGGACAGAAUGCUCUUCAUAGUGAACUGGGUUAUGGUGAGGGUGAGGCUCGCUCCUCGACCAAGCCUGAUAAAGUUCGUCCACUGGAGGGUCUGACCAUGCUAGAUGUAUCUUGUGGUCUGGGCCAUACACUUUUGUUGUGCAAACCCGGUCAAGAAAAACUGCAGGAUAUGCCCAAGUGGCCUGUGUUAGAUGUUGAGGAGCACUGCAUUGAGUGCUUGAGUGCGGAGGAUGAGGAAAGUAUGUUAUUGUGCGAUAAGUGUGACUCGGGAACACAUCUCAAGUGCACUGUGCCAAGACUUCAGGCCGUGCCCGAUACCGACUGGUUCUGCCAGAGCUGCACGAGGGCCAGAGAGAUGAACAGGACCAAAUCUCUGGUGGAUGAUGACACAUCCAAGUCUUCAGCCGCUAAACGCAAGGCGCCAGCAACAAAAGGCGCAUCCAAGAAGAGCAAAGCCAACCAUGACUCGGAUGAGGAGGACGAGGGCGAUGAAUAGUAAUUUUACUCCAAAACUCCGGAUAGACGCUGUCGUAAUGAGACGGAUGUUAAGAAAGAUUUAAAAAACGCAGCUUUUAAAGGCAUUAAAACAAGAAACUUUUAUUCAGAACUAGAAAAAGACAAACAUGUAGUUCCUCA